GCUCGGUAGCUGUCAGUCGGUAAGGAGUAGAUUCUCCGUAUAAGUUUAUGCGUAUUAGUUGUGAAUGAUCGCGUGCAAAUUCGCGUUAGCUUGCACGUUUUUCGUUCGUUCUCGUCGGUUAAAAUAUUCGCGACAAAUAUGUUGAAGAUCGAUGUUAUGUCGCCCGCGUGAACGGUAAACAGUUGCGCGGGUGAGUGUGUUGUGUUCCGAGGGAGUGUCGUUAACCUCGCGUUGAGCUCGAAGAGUCGAGGUUCCCUCGCUGGAAAUCGCGCGCAGAUCCUGAACGAAGCUGUCAAUCUCGUGAACAUCGGUGCACGACGGUCGUUCGAUCAGAAUGUCGGCGUCGGCCGCAUCGUUCCCGGCGUCGCGACAGUGAGAACAACACAUCCGGCCAGUGAACCAAGUGUCGACGAGGAAACAGCUCCAGGGUGAGCCGUUUUUCACGUUCAGAAAUUUAGAGACCACCGAGGAAAAUGGCGGACCUCGAGGCGGUAUUGGCCGACGUCAGCUACUUGAUGGCUAUGGAGAAGAGCAAAAGCACACCGGCCGCUCGUGCAAGCAAGAAAAUCAUUUUGCCCGAUCCCAGUGUGAGAAGCGUAAUGCACAAAUAUCUGGAAAAGAAGAAGGAAGUUAACUUCGAUAAAAUAUUCAAUCAAAUGUUUGGUUACCUCUUAUUCAAAGACUACUGCGAGAAUGUGGCGGAGGAGCCGAUUCCGCAACUUAGGUUUUACGAAGAGAUCAAGGCGUACGAGAAACUCGAAUGCCCGGAAGAGAGGAGAAAACUUGCCAAAGAGAUCUACGACAAUUUCAUCAUGAAGGAGCUGCUGGCACACUCCCAUGAAUACUCGUCGGAAGCGGUGUCCCACGUUCAUAAAUACCUUAUGAAAAACGAGGUUCCCGUUAAUUUGUUCGAGCCGUAUAUCGAGGAGAUUUUUAAUCACUUGAGAGCGGAACCGUUCAAAAAGUUUCUCGAGAGCGAGAAGUACACGCGAUUUUGCCAAUGGAAAAACUUAGAAUUGAACAUGCAGCUGACAAUGAACGACUUCAGUGUACAUCGAAUAAUAGGAAGAGGCGGAUUUGGAGAAGUUUACGGGUGUCGAAAAGCAGACACGGGAAAAAUGUACGCGAUGAAAUGCCUUGACAAGAAACGAAUAAAAAUGAAGCAAGGCGAAACUUUAGCGCUCAACGAAAGGAUAAUGCUUUCGGCAGUCAGUACCGGAGUCGAUUGUCCAUUUAUAGUAUGCAUGACGUACGCCUUCCAAACGCCGGACAAAUUGUGUUUCAUUCUGGAUCUGAUGAACGGUGGCGAUCUUCAUUACCAUCUAAGCCAGCACGGAGUGUUCAACGAACGAGAGAUGAAGUUUUACGCGGCAGAAGUGAUAUUGGGAUUGGAACACAUGCACCGCAGAUAUAUCGUUUACCGAGACCUGAAACCGGCCAAUAUCCUUCUGGACGAGCAUGGCCACGUAAGAAUAUCGGAUUUGGGGUUAGCUUGCGAUUUCUCCAAAAAGAAACCGCAUGCAAGCGUAGGAACGCACGGAUACAUGGCACCGGAAGUGCUUUCGAAAGGUGUAACCUACGAUUCCAGCGCCGAUUGGUUCUCGUUCGGUUGUAUGCUGCAUAAAUUGUUGAAAGGUCAUAGUCCAUUCAGACAACAUAAAACUAAAGACAAACAUGAAAUAGAUCACAUGACAUUAACCAAGAACGUAGAGCUGCCAGAAACGUUCUCACGAGAAUUGCGCUCAUUGCUGGAAGGUCUGCUACAGCGAGAUAUCAACAACAGACUUGGAUGUCGAGGUGCAGGUGCGGACGAGUUAAAAGAACACCCGUUUUUCAGUGGUAUCGAUUGGCAACAAGUUUAUCUCCAGAAAUACACGCCACCGCUUAUACCACCGCGCGGCGAGGUGAACGCCGCAGAUGCCUUUGAUAUCGGCUCCUUUGACGAGGAAGACACUAAGGGUAUCAAAUUGACGGAUGCGGAUCAAGAACUGUACAAAAAUUUCCCUCUAACCAUCUCUGAGAGAUGGCAAGCUGAGGUAGCCGAAACUGUGUUCGAGACAAUCAAUAACGAAGCGGAUAAGUUGGAAAAUAAGAAAAAAGCUAAACAGAAACAGCGAUUCGACGCGGAUGAAAAAGGAUCUGAUUGCAUUUUACACGGUUAUAUUAAAAAAUUGGGUGGUCCUUUCGCGAGUGCGUGGCAAACGCGUUAUGCAAAACUGUAUCCUAAUAGAUUAGAAUUGCAUCCCGAGUCCACGACAAAGCCUGAACUUGUUUUCCUUGACCAGGUUGAGGAAGUUAGCGCGGAUUUUCAGCACGUGAAAGGGGAACAAUGUAUUGUCGUCCGUAUGAGAGACGCAAAAAUAGUACUUACAAAUCCAGAUGAGAUCAGUUUGAAAGAAUGGGCGUUGUCACUGAGAUCCGCGCAUAAAUGUUCGAUGGAAAUGCUGGGCAGUAUGGCAAAGAAAGCCGGUAAAAUCUACGGGACUGAAAGAGACGCAGUAAUUCCGGCAAUGCAGCGCUCGACGAAUGGCAACUAGCCCCUUGCUAAUACCUGUACAUCGUCAUCAUACUCCAGUCCCACUGCCCCCCAGCAGCAGCAGCAGCAGCAGCAACAACUUUUUUUAUACUGAGAAUCAACGCAGGCAGAUCUAGAAGAAAUUCCAACGAUUGAACGACCGAGUAAUUGGGAGGCGGUUUUUUUCUCCAGUCAGCAUCCCGGAACCAGAAAUAUCCAAGUCUCGAAACAGCUCCAAAGAAAAAACUCCCUUUGAACGGCGGGUAGUGUCACGCUGUAUAGAGACUUUAGGAAGUAGAGUCGUACGAAACGUUACGUCAUUAUAUUUGUACGUUAGCUGUAUGUGCAAUGUGACGUAGGAACUAGCGACUGAACAAUGCCCAUCGACAUUCACGAGCGCGAGCACGCGCGCGCGCGACAGAGCACGCGUGUUCACGUAAGAAUCCACACGAGAUACACAUGCAUGCACGCACACACACGUACAUAUAUACACAUAAAAAAAACACGAAAAAUGCAACCGGUAGUGUAUUAUUGUAAUAUCAAAUACGAAAUACGCCCAAAAUCCCGAUUAUACUUCUUCUACACACCCUUCUUCUAUACCGCUCGUUUACUUAAUUUAUUUACUAAUGCAGAACGAUUUUAUAUUGUCGUUUUCGUAAAUGAUACACGCGCGCGAAUUCAUUUAUUUAUUGCGUUUAAGGAAAUAAAAACAAAAAAGAGAAAAAAACUCGGACUACAUUGUCGACAACCAAUCGAAACUAGCUGUAAUUAAAAAAAAAAAAAAAAAAAAAGAGAAAAAAAAAAGACGAGGAAACUGUGUAUGUCGAAUGCUGGAUACAGACGAGUUCGCCCCGGCAAUAAAAUUGUACGACGAACGUGGAACUCGUCUACAUUUCUUCAUUCUGCUCAGUCCCAUGUCCAAUGUAGGAAAGUAAGUAAAUUUUAAAUGGAUCGAACUAACUCGACAUGGAAUAAAAAAACAUUUUUGUCUUUAUUUUCUUUUUCUUUUCGAGAUACUAGUACGUGACCUAAUAUGUAAUCUUUAUAUAUUUCCAGCUAAAAUUAAUUAUAAUAAAAAAUGGACUUGAAACAUUUUUAACCAUGACAAACAAAUAUACGAACAAAAUUUUAAAUCGUAACAAAUGUUUCUCGAAAUCUGGUAUGUGAAAAUUCUGCAACAAUGUAAUAAAUUUAAAAGCUAGGAAAUCGUAAUACGGCCAAUAUCAACAUUAUAGUCCAUUAUGUAUUUGUGUUUACUAUGAAAAUGUUGUAUAAAUUGUUUUAUGUAUUUU